UAGAUAUGGAGCUUCAUCUCCUUCCCAUUUUUGCUUUAUUACUCUGUUUUCCGAAAGAAAGCAAUGGUUCCCUAUCCCCGGAGAUGUACUGGAAAUCCAAGUUAGCAAACACUCCAUUGCCAAAAACUCUACAAGAACUUCUAAAGCCAGUUACAGGAAACAUAAGUAAAUUUUCAGAGACAAAGCCCUUGGCUGGAAGUGUGAUCGACUACAAUCUUAGGUACCUACCGAGCAAAACUACGGCAUUUGAUAGUAAUAUUUCAAACACUACGAUUGCUACUAUAUAUUUCUUUCCUGGCGAUCUCCUUCCGGGAAAUAAAAUGUAUCUUAGUUUCAGAAAGAUGUACAAUAUUUCAACUUUUUUACCGCGUAAAAUUGCUGAAACUAUACCCUUUUCGAUCAAAGAUUAUUCAAAAACUUUGGAAUAUUUUUCACUGCAACCCACAUCAGAAGAAGCUCGAAUUAUGAAACAUACAAUCGAGCUAUGCGAGGCACCAGAAAUGCAGGGAGAAAUCAAAUAUUGUGCUACAUCCUUAGAGUCUUUAGUUGAUUUUACGGUUGCCAAAUUUGGAAAUAAAGUUUCGGUUCUUGAUAAUGAAGUUGAAAAGGAGAACAUGAAACAAAACUACACGAUUUCUCGAGGAAUUAAAAUGAUGGGAGAUCAUCAGAUUGUUUGUCAUAAACAAAUAUAUGCAUAUGCUGUAUUUCAUUGUCAUGCAAUUACGGCUACAAAGGUUUAUAUGGUUCCGUUGGUAGGUGAGGAUGGUUCUGAAGCUAAAGUAGUAGUGAUUUGUCACACAGAUACAUCAGCUUGGAAUCCAAAUCAUUUUGCUUUUCAACUACUUAAGGUGAAGCCUGGGGAAUCUCCAAUUUGUCAUUUUCUUAAUAAUGAUGCAAUUGUUUGGAUUCCUAAUUAAAGAGUCAUGUUUUGGUAUAUAAUAUUGUUCUAGGUGUUAUAUAUAUUAUGUAUUUCACUCUUAUUAUUGUAAGAGUAGAAAAAAAUUCAUUCUUUUUCUCUUAGACUAAUAGUUAACCCUUUUGUAUUUUAUAAUAUUCAUUAUAUGAAAC